AUGCACCAAGGAAAUGAAAAUCAAAGCUUGGAGCCCUCUUUCAAGGUUAGAGACGUUGGUUUUGAGGAGGAACUGGAUUCUAACUCAGUUUUUGCUAUCACUUUUAACAAUGUUCAGGUUAUCAUACCUAUUAUUGACCAAGAAGUGAAUUCAGUACCUCAACAAGAAAAUGCUGAACAACUCCCUAUUCAAGAUGAGAGGGAUGAAAAUAGUAACAUGGAGAGGUAUAAGGCACAUCUUGUAGCUAAAGGAUAUGCUCAGAAAGAAUGUAUUGAUUUUACAGAGACUUUCUCUCCAGUUUCAUCAAAAGACUCUUUUAGGACAAUCAUGACGCUUGUUACUCAUCUUGAUCUUGAGUUACAUUAG